CAGGCCUGGAUGUGCGAUAUUAAAAUCUUGGAUGAGACAUUCUCUAUCAAGAUGGAAUCCAUCUUUUCUUGACCGUCGUGCCACAAGACUAUCUUAUGCGUUUCAACAAUCAGAACUGCCUAACUGACCCUAACGUUGAGGAUCAUCAAAUUCCUAGUAGAAAGUUAGUACAUUACAGAAAAGACCUAGUUUAGGCAUAAUGAGCCUAUUAUCUCGACCCUUGGACCACGGAGAUCCAAAAACACCCAUGGCUUGGAGACAUCGGGAUAUAAUAUUUCACGCAGCCAAACCCCCACCAAUACCUCCGAAAAACUAUCAAUCUGACUCCUCUUUGGUGUCCUCGACCUCAUCUGGCGAAGAAGAGAGACAAAGGAAAUAUUUAGAUACUGUAUAUCGAGACUUUACUCCAGCAUUAAGUCACAAUGAGAUGAAGAGAUUCAAACCGUUUCAUUCAAGAACUUUAAGCGAUGUUCCAUCAUUGAACUCAAAUUGCCGGUAUGGCAGUACAUGUCCAGUGCGUGACCCGAAUCGUUUUCGCUCUUAUGAUUCUAUGUUAAACUUACGAGACCAAGAAUAUCGACAGAGAUUUCUACUGGAUUGUAAGUCAUUUUCGAAGCGAGAAAGUAAAAGAUUUAAUCAGUCAAAAUCACAACCUCCCCCUUUACCCCCGAGAGUGAAUCCCCCAACACAUUCUGUAUUAUCACCCACUUUCCUUCCAGUAACGCAUCCUCCAACCUUGCUGUGCCCUGGUGCUGCUGGAAUGAUUCAUUCCCCUGCUAGGGAUGUCAUCAUGAAAAAUGGACAAUUCUCUAAGUCCACUGGUAAGUUCCAAGAAGACCCUUUCGAUGUUAAACAGGUGUGUUGUCAAGGGCAUAUUGCUGUGUUAUGGAUCAUCUUAGCUGUCAUUACUUGUGGAGUAAUCCUUGGUAUUAUGCUUGGAGCAAUACUGGCUUGAGAAAAAAUCCAGGAUGUGCUUUGGAUCAUCUUGGCCACCAUUACUUGUGGAAUAAUCCUUGGUAUUAUGCUUGGAAAAAUAAUGGCUUGAGAAAAAUACAGGAUGUGCUUUGGAUCAUCUUGGCCACCAUUACUUGUGGAAUAAUCCUUGGUAUUAUGCUUGUAACGAUAAUGGCUUGAGAAAAAUCCAGGAUGUGCUUUGGAUCACCUUGGCCACCAUUACUUGUUGAAUAAUCCUUGGUAUUAUGCUUGGAAAAAUAAUUUAUGGAAGAAAAAUCCAGGAUGAAUUGAUAAAAAAAACUAAGCCUUUAUGUACACACACAAAAAGACUGUAAUAAAGUGGAAACUGGUUGUAUUUUGGCAUUAACCUG